UUUGUUUCAAAGCAGCGAGUGAAGUCGCCAUCUUGUUGGAUGUUGAAAAUUAUUGGGAAAUUCGAAGAAUUUUCACGUUAUUUAAUUUGUUUUGGUGUUUUAUGUGUUGUAAUUAGAAAUGUCUAAGCGCCGCAUCGAAGUGAUGGAUCCCUUUAUCAAAAAGAAAAGGGAAGAGAAAGCGGCAGCAGCAGCCAAGUCAGGCGGCAGCGGCGAGUCGUCAGAGUCUGCGGUGGCUACCCUCGGCUCCAGCAUGCCUCCCACUGCUACCAGUACUCCUGGUGUUAAUCCUUUUACUGGUCUCCCCCACUCACAGCGCUACCACGAGCUCCUACGCCGUCGCCUAGGCCUCCCAGUAUGGGAAUACAAAAACGACUUCAUGAGACUCCUCAACACCCACCAGUGUGUCGUCCUAGUCGGAGAGACUGGCUCCGGGAAGACCACACAAAUCCCCCAAUGGUCCGUUGAAUUUGCAGCGGUUACAGCAGGCAAGUCAAAAGGGGUAGCUUGUACCCAACCGAGAAGAGUAGCCGCUAUGUCCGUAGCCCAAAGAGUGGCUGAAGAAAUGGAUGUGGCUUUGGGUCAGCAAGUUGGUUACAGCAUCCGUUUUGAAGAUUGUUCCGGACCUCAGACUAUACUAAAGUACAUGACAGACGGUAUGUUGCUAAGAGAAGCAAUGUCAGACCCAAUGCUUGAACAAUAUAGAGUGAUUUUACUUGAUGAGGCUCACGAAAGGACGCUGGCCACAGAUAUACUAAUGGGUGUGUUAAAAGAAGUUAUUAAACAGAGGUCAGAUCUCAAACUAGUUAUCAUGUCUGCUACCUUAGAUGCCGGAAAGUUCCAACAGUACUUUGACAAUGCACCGUUGAUGAACGUCCCGGGACGGACACAUCCAGUAGAAAUUUUCUACACACCGCAGCCUGAAAGGGAUUAUUUAGAAGCUGCUAUACGUACAGUUAUACAGAUUCACAUUUGCGAAGAAAUUGCAGGAGAUAUCCUACUAUUUUUGACCGGACAGGAAGAAAUAGAAGAUGCAUGUAAGAGAAUCAAACGAGAGAUUGAUAAUCUAGGUCCGGAUGCUGGUGAAUUAAAGUGCAUACCUUUAUAUUCGACGUUACCACCUAAUCUGCAGCAGAGGAUUUUCGAGCCAGCGCCCCCGAACCGAGCAAAUGGAGCUAUAGGACGAAAAGUGGUGGUUUCAACGAACAUUGCUGAGACUUCCCUGACAAUAGACGGAGUUGUAUUUGUGAUAGACCCAGGAUUUGCUAAACAGAAGGUCUAUAAUCCGAGGAUCCGGGUGGAAUCUCUUCUUGUGUCUCCGAUCAGUAAGGCAUCGGCCCAGCAGAGGGCUGGACGGGCUGGUAGAACUCGGCCGGGCAAAUGUUUCAGGCUUUACACGGAGAAGGCCUAUAAGAAUGAAAUGCAGGAUAAUACGUACCCAGAGAUUUUAAGAUCAAACUUAGGGUCUGUAGUUUUGCAGUUGAAAAAGCUUGGCAUCGACGAUCUGGUACACUUCGAUUUUAUGGACCCCCCAGCGCCCGAGACUCUGAUGCGGGCACUCGAGUUGCUUAAUUAUCUGGCUGCUUUGGACGACGACGGCAACUUAACGGACUUGGGCGCGGUGAUGGCGGAGUUUCCUCUCGACCCUCAACUCGCCAAGAUGUUGAUAGCCAGCUGCAACCACAACUGUUCCAACGAGAUCCUCUCCAUCACUGCCAUGCUGUCAGUACAACAGUGCUUCGUCCGUCCCAACGAGGCGCGGAAGGCGGCGGACGAGGCCAAGAUGAGGUUCGCGCACAUCGACGGCGACCAUCUCACGCUGCUCAAUGUCUAUCAUGCUUUUAAACAGAACAUGGAGGACCCGCACUGGUGCUACGACAACUUCAUCAACUACCGCUCGCUCAAGUCCGGCGACAACGUGCGCCAGCAGCUCAGCAGGAUCAUGGACAGGUUUAACUUAAAACGAACAAGUACAGAGUUCACAAGCAAGGACUACUACAUUAAUAUAAGGAAAGCACUAGUUAACGGAUUCUUUAUGCAGGUUGCCCACUUAGAGCGGACGGGUCACUACCUGACCGUGAAAGACAACCAGGUAGUCCAGCUCCACCCCAGCACGUGCCUGGACCACAAGCCGGACUGGGUCAUCUACAACGAGUUCGUGCUCACCACCAAGAACUAUAUACGCACCGUCACUGAUAUUAAACCGGAAUGGCUACUCAAAAUAGCGCCACAAUACUACGAGCUGAACAACUUCCCGCAGUGCGAAGCCAGGCGGCAACUCGAGCUGCUGCAGGCCAGGCUCGACUCCAAGGCCUACCAGGAGGGGUUCUAGGCCUCGUCACCUCGUACCAGAGGGGUCAGGAGGCCUAAAAGCCGUCUUAAAAAGGAGACAGAAGGGCUUCUAGACCUCGUACAAAGGGUUAAGAGCGCUUCUAGGCCUCGUGAUCUCGUACUAGGGGGUUAUGAGGGCUACUAGGUCUCGUGACUUCGUGUCAAGAGGGCUGUUAGGCCUCGUGACCUUGUAAUAUAGGGGUCAUGAGGGCUUUUAGACCUCGUGAUCUCGUAGAAGACCUGACCCCCGUAGCACGAGGACACGAGGGCUUUUAGGCCCCCUGACCCCCUAGCACGAGGUCACGAAGCCUAAAAGCCCUCGUGUCCUCGUGCUACGGGGGUCAGGAGGUCUUCUGGGCCUCGUGACCAUGUACUAUGGAGUUAGGAGGGCUUUUAGGCCUCGGGACCUCGUACCAGGGGGUCUUGUACCUCCUACGGGGUCUGUGACAAGUACUAGAAAUGUGGGAAUAUGAGUUAUGUAUCAAUAAAGUAUUUAAGAACAUAAA